AUGCUUAUUUUUCAUUCAUAUAUUUUUUUCAACUUGACUGAUCAGUUUUUCAUUUCUUUUCAAUUUUUUCUUCAUAUUAUUUUCAUUCAUUUAUUCUUUCUAGUUUUCUCUAUCAUCUUUUCCAUUUUCACUACUUUUUUCUUUUUCAUUCUUUACACUUUUUCCUUUAACAAAUUGUAUUUCUUUAUUUUAAGGGAUUUUCUUUUUUCCUUCCUUCACAACAUUUUCAGUCCUUCAUUUCACAAUAUUUUUUCUUUCUUUCUUUUAAAGUGUUUUCUUUUAUCUAAGGUAUUUUCCUUUUUUAAGGAAGCUUCUUUCUUCCAUUCUUUUUUCCUUCCGUCACAAUAUUUUCAGUAUUUUCUUUCUUUCUUCACAAUAUUUUCCCUCUUUAUUUAUUUCACAACAUUUUCUUUUCUUUAUUUGAAUUUAUUUUCUUUCAUUUUAGUGCAUUUACUUCCUUUCUUUCCUUCUUCCAUUCUUUCUUUCACAUUAUUUUCUUUCUUUUCAUUUUUUAAGUAUGUAUUGACUUUCUUUCUUCCCUUCUCUUUCUCUGGUGCAGGGACCAGAAAUGAAAUUUAUGUUCUUUUCUUUUUAAGGAAUUUUUUCCCCUCCAAGGAUACAGCUUGGAGGUUGGCAUUCUUUCUUUCUGUUUCUUUCAGAAAUGGCUCUUUUUGUUUUCCUUUUUUCUUUUUCUCAAAAUAUUUUUCCGAGCUUCUUAGUUUCUUUCUUUCUUUAUUCUUAAUUUUUUUUCUUUCUUUAUCUUUGAUUCUAACAUUAAAUUUUUCUUUCUUUCUUUCCCUUUUAUUCUUGCAGAAAAUUUCUUUCUUUUUUUUCUUUCCUUCUUUGUUUGUUUCUAACAUAAAAUUUCUUUCUUUUUUUUCUUUCCUUCUUUGUUUCUAA